CCCAGUCCCUGGUGUAUUACGGUAAGGGUACCGGUGACCUUGCUGUGUGUUGGCGUCGGCUCCAUUAGCGCCAUGUACCGGGUUCUGUGUCGAAUUGUAGCGGCUGUACAGUGGAGGGCAGCCCCCCCGGUGUUUAGUCGGGUGCAGCCGGCUAUUUGCAUCACAGCUGGUCGAUCACUUGCAAGCCAACCAGCAUCGACUGAGAGCAAAAGCAUCGUCAUUACCGGGUGUGACACUGGAUUUGGAUAUUCAUUGGCCGAACACCUGCAUGAUAAAGGAUUCAGAAUAUUUGCAGGAUGCUUGUUAAAGGAUAAGGGUGGGGAAGGAUCAAAGAAAUUGGAGGAGAUGAAGAGUGAUCGGAUGGUUGUCGUCCAGUUAGAUGUUUGUAAAGAUGAGGAAGUAGCAAAAGCAGUGGAGUUUGUGAAAGAAAACUUAAAAGAUACAGAAAAGGGUCUUUGGGGUCUGAUUAACAAUGCUGGUAUCUCAACUUUUGGGGAAGUAGAGUUCACCACAAUGGAUACUUAUAAGCAAGUUGCAGAGGUUAACCUAUGGGGAACUAUCCGUGUGACCAAAGGUUUCCUUCCCUAUCUUCGUAGAGCAAAAGGUCGUGUGGUUAACAUCACAAGUAUGUUGGGACGGAUGGCCAAUCCUGCUCGAUCCCCUUACUGUGUCACUAAGUUUGGAGUAGAGGCAUUCUCCGACUGCUUGCGUUAUGAAAUGCAUCGCUGGGGUGUUAAAGUUUGUGUUGUUGAACCUGGUAAUUUUAUAGCUGCCACCAAUCUUUACAGUCCCGAACGUGUCAAAUUGAUCACAGAAAAAAUGUGGAAUGAUCUCCCUGACAUUGUCCGUAAGGAUUAUGGGAAGGAAUACUUUGACGAACAGAUUACAAAAAUGCAAUCUUACCUUGUGGGUGGUUCCACAGACACAUCGAAAGUUAUUAGCGAUGUGACACAUGCACUGACCUCUGCAUCCCCAUAUACUCGUUAUAAUCCAAUGGAUUACUACUGGUGGUUGAGGAUGCAGAUUAUGACCCACUUCCCAGCUGCUAUAUCUGAUCGAAUAUACAUUCAUUGAAGUGGAUGCGUAUGGAUAACUGUUAUUUUAAAAAUACAUUGUACCUCCUUACUAAUCAACUAAAUACUGAUUGUGGCAGUGUUUAAAUAUAACAUUUACACAAUGGAGUCAUUGAGCAGAAUGCACUAUUCUAUCACCUCUUGUUAGUGGCUAUCAAUAAUGGCUGUUGCCACACUUACGGUACUGAAUUUGCUAAGCAGCUUCAUAAUGAUGCAGAAGAAAUGCUAUAAGUGCUGACCCAGUUUAAGAAAUGUGGUCUUGUCAAACUACUCAGGGAGGCUGUUUCUUAACCCAUAACCGAGCUUUGAGCGGACGAAGGAAUUAAAUCUCAUUUGAGAAAUGUUCAGGGAUAUCCACAGGAUUUCUUGGGAGAUGCUAAGAAACUCAAGCAGAGAUUUACCUUUUUCUUUUGAAUAUACUGUUCCUAGAGCCUGUGUUGUACAAACGUUCAACAAGUUAAACUCUGCAAUGUGAGAAUGCAAUUAUAACCAAACAGGAUAGACUGGUUGUACCUAUACUGAAAUUGUUACUGGUGCUGUCAGUCUCAAUUGUAUUGCAGUAAUGUCAUGUUAACAUAUUUGUUCUAUUAUAGCUUCAAGCACUUUACUAAAUUUAAAAAAAAGUUUUCCUGUGACUGCAUGUAUUAUGAUCUGUUUAGUUUUUUUAAAAGACUGAUCUUUGAAGUAAGUUGUGUAGAUUUUAUUUUUGACAUGCCUUUUUAGGAUUAGCAAAGUAUCUUAAUUACUGUUUAUUUUUAAUAAUAAGGGAUCUCAGUCCUUAAUUUAUGCUGUAGACAUUACUCAGACAACAUGGCAUUGGAAUGAUUUGUUUGCAUUUAAAGAAGCUUUUUUGAAAUUGUAAGUAUUAUUUUAAUAAAUCUGAAAAUGCUGAUCUAAAGCAUAUUUUAAUUCAA